GGCCGGGAGGAGCUCCGCCGCUGAGCCACACGCAACACCUCGGCCGCAGUUGAUGCAACACCUUGAUCGGGUCAGCACUAGGCGUCAAUACCGGUAUUCUGCAACGCCUUGCAAGAUCAGUUCCCCGUGACUAGCGGAGACAAUGGGGGAAGAAAGUAAGGAUGAACAAAUUAGCAACACAACUACAAAGGUGUACACCUUAGCGGAGAUUGCGGAGCAUAAAACAACAGAUUCGUGUUGGAUUGUGAUUCACGACAAAGUCUAUGAUGUAACCAAAUUUUUAGAUGAGCAUCCUGGAGGAGAGGAAGUGCUACUGGAGCAAGCAGGGAUGGACACCACAGAAAGCUUUGAGGAUGUUGGUCACUCUACUGAUGCUCGGGAGAUGAUGACGGACUAUUACCUUGGUGAACUAAGUGAGGAAGACAAGAAGCACACUCAAGAUAAGGGUCCCAAAACCUGGGCAUAUGAUAAUAACUCCAAUCAGAGUGCAUGGAAGUCAUGGUUGGUACCUGUAGGCCUAGCAUGUCUUGCAUCAAUUAUCUACCGAAUGUAUGCCCUGCCACAGUCUAGCUAAUGUCAAUGUUCAUGCCCCUUGAUCCAUCUGAAGUACAUUAGUCAUUGUCUCCUUGUUAUCCACAGUGGAUGUAUAUGUAUAUAAAAUCACAUAAAUUUCCAUAUAAAAUAUACAUGCAAGUAUAUUACCAAAACUUGGAAUCAAUUUUUUUCUAUUUGGCAUACAAAGAGACCUAUCUUCCAAUAAUAUAAGGAAUUUUAUGUCUUGUCUUCAUUAUAUUUUAAUAUAUUCUAAUGAACUUUUUUUUUAACCAUACAAGAGACAUUUUUGUAGUAACUAGUAUAACUUACAUUAUCAAUAGAACUCGUACAUACAUGUACUUUGGCAAGGGGAAUUGUGAGCCUUUAUUCUUAGGUAAUACUCAGUCUCAUUGUAAAUUCAGAUGCCAUAAUUCAUGAACCAUUCCUUCUGGCAACUAACAAUCAGGCCGUGACUAAAUCUUAUUUUUACAGUGAAUUGUGAAAAUUGUGAUAAUAAGCCUUACAUAUCUGUUUGUGUUAAAGUGAUUGUUCUGUCACGUGUAUCAAGAUCAAUGUAAAAGUGUUCAUACUAAUACUAUCUUCAUUCCAUCAAAACUGGGAACAAUGAGAUCAGAAUAUGAUUUUUUCUUCUUUCCUUUAAAUGUAUUCCGAUUGCAGAAGCAUGUGUUUCGAUAUAUAUGGUGGCAUUUUGAUGGACAUACAAUGAAGUGCAUGUAAUUUUGCACAUGAGUAUUACAGACAUGUCCUUCAGAUGUGACAGGACAGAGUUCUGAUAGUUAUAUUUAUAUGUGAUGCGUCUAUGGUAUUUUGGAAAUGUUUUGUAACAGUAUAGUCACAAAUAAUCCAGUCCAUCCUGA